AUUGCUAGAGCAAUAUAUACAGUAGAUAUAUAUACACUUAAAAUAUCAAAUUAUUGUGUAAAUUUUCUGGGAAAGUUUAUCUGAUUCCUUCUCUUUUAAUUGAUUUCCAGGAGUGGUUUAGAUUUGUUUAUGAUUUUAAUCUGAAAAUUUUCUUGGGAAUAAAAAAGAAGAAGAUUUUGUUAAAUUGAAGGACUUGUUCUAAGCAAUUUUGAGGUGAUGGGAGGAAGAAUUUCGAGCUCUAGAAGGUCUUCUUCAUCCUUUGGUUCAUUUGAUGAUCAUGGCUAUCUACAGUCUCCAUACACUCCCCGCCACUCGGUGUAUACGCCUCGGCACCACCACCAGGCGUCGCCGAUGUCUUACGACUACGGGGUGCGGACCCCGCAACCGCAGCGGGGAUUGGAUAGGAAAUUUUCAAGAAUUGCUGAUAACUACACAACCUUGGAACAGGUAACAUCUGCUCUUGCCCAGGCAGGACUAGAGUCUUCUAAUCUUAUUGUUGGCAUAGAUUUCACAAAGAGCAAUGAGUGGACAGGAUCGAAGUCGUAUAAUCGGAAAAGUUUACAUCAUAUCGGAAGUGGCCAAAAUCCCUACGAGCAAGCUAUAUCCAUAAUAGGGAAAACCUUAUCCGCCUUCGAUGAGGAUAACUUAAUUCCAUGUUUUGGAUUCGGAGAUGCCUCAACGCAUGAUCAAGACGUCUUCAAUUUCUAUUCGGAUGGAAGGGUUUGUGAUGGAUUUGAAGAAGUACUAAGAAGAUACAGGGAAUUAGUUCCCCAACUUCGACUGUCAGGUCCAACAUCAUUUGCACCUAUUAUUGAAAUGGCUACAACCAUUGUUGAGGAAAGCAGAGGCCAGUACCAUGUCUUGCUAAUAAUUGCAGAUGGCCAGGUGACAAGAAGUACUGAUACGCCGCGUGGCCAACUUAGCCGGCAGGAGCAAAAGACUAUUGAUGCUAUUGUUAAAGCUAGUGACUAUCCCUUGUCAAUUGUAGUCGUCGGGGUUGGAGAUGGUCCUUGGGACAUGAUGAAGGAGUUUGAUGACAACAUUCCUGCACGUGCAUUUGAUAAUUUCCAGUUCGUAAAUUUUACAGAUAUCAUGUCUAAGAAUGUGGAUCCAUCAAGAAAAGAGGCGGAAUUCGCUCUCUCAGCAUUGAUGGAAAUACCUUCUCAAUACCAAGCCACUCUCGAACUCAACAUAUUGGGUCAUCAGACUGGAAAUGACCCAGGCAGAGUUUCUCUUCCGCCGCCUGUUUAUGGCAGAGCUUCUUCGACCAAUCGAUUUAGACCUUACCCGUCAAGCAGUUUCCAGCGACAUGUGUCCUCUGAUACCGCUGAUGACAUAACUGCUCCAAGGGCCUUAUCGCCGAGCACCAUUUAUGACAGUAAGGUUUGUCCCAUAUGUCUCAGUAAGUUAAAGGACAUGGCUUUUGGAUGCGGGCACCAGACCUGUUGUGACUGUGGAAUAGACCUUGAAUUUUGUCCAAUAUGCCGUAGCUCAAUCACAACCAAAAUAAAGCUAUAUUCAUAGACAAGAAUGAGUGGGUAUCUUUAAAGCACUUCUUAACUCAUGGUGCUUAGAAUUAGUUAUAAUCCGGACUAAUGAAGAAGGUUCGACUACUCGCUCUAUUCACCUAUAUAUCGACUUUUUCUUUGUUUAAGUUUGCUUUUCAAUUCGAACUUUUGAUAAAUGUGUACUUUGGUAGGGAAUUGGCUACCUAAGCAAUGAGAGGACAAGUUUUAUGUGGUUUUUAUAGAACACAAAGAUUUCGAGUAGAUGCUACCUGAUAUCAAACUGAGCUUCUAGAAACUGCCUGCUCGAGUUCAAGGAGCAUCGCUCAUAAAGUGCCCCGAGAACACGAUGAUCAACAUUUUAUUAGGGUCGAAAGCCUGUAGGAGAUAAUGUGUAUCAUUUCUGAUAUAGUGAUUUUUCUUUUUUUCCUGUCAUCAUUGUACAUAAAUGAAUAUGCAUUUCUUGUUGAAAGAAAUGAGGUGGUAGAAAUUAGACGUGUGCUUAUAGUUUAAUGUAUUGGGCUUUUUCUUGUAUUUUUCAGGUUUGUAAUUACACGUUUUGCUGUCUGGGAUUUCUCAUUGCACGUUGUAAAAUUUGAAGGCAGUUUUGUCUGCACUUGUUACUGUAAUAAAGAGCCUUUUAUCUCUAUGCU